CAGCUGCCUAUGAAACUUGAUUCAGAAGUGAUGGAAAAUGGGGAAAACUUUUCAGUUGGAGAAAGACAGUUACUGUGCAUAGCUAGAGCUCUACUGCGUCGUUGCAAGAUUUUGAUACUGGAUGAAGCCACAGCUGCUAUGGACACAGAGACAGACUUACUGAUUCAGGAGACUAUCAGAGAGGCAUUUGCAGACUGCACUAUGUUAACAAUUGCUCAUCGCCUGCAUACGGUGCUGGGCUCUGAUCGGAUCAUGGUGCUAACACAAGGACAGGUAGUGGAAUUCGACACGCCGUCUGCCCUUCUGGCCAACGAGAACUCGCGCUUCUAUGCUAUGUUUGCUGCUGCAGAGAACAAGGUUGCUGUCAAGGGCUAAAAUUCAGGGCAAAGUCACUUUAAUUUUGGAGAGCUACACUCUCUGCCUGUGGCAGGCCAGCUCUUCCUUCUCCUCCUUCAAGCAGAUUAUUGCCUUUUCAUCUUUUAAUUUUUAGCACAAUGUGUCAAGCUAGAGAGUUUUUUAAACUGUGUCAGAAGCAUUCUUCAUGUUUUUAUUAUUGUAUUUAUUCCAUAAUCAUAUUACUAAUUUUUUGUUAUUAAAUGCACUCUACAAAUGGCUCAGGGAGCCAUAGUUAUAACUGUAUCAGAGGCCUAUAAUGAAGCUUUAUACAUGUAGCUAUAUCUAUACAUAAUUCUGUAUAUAGCCUAUAUUUACAGUGGAAAUGUAAGCUGUUUAUUUUAUAUUAAAAUAAGCACUGUAUUAA